CAACACUUUAGGGUUUCAACUUCUUUUCUCACUAAUAUGUAUCUGGUAUUUAAGCCGUCGAAAACCCUAAUUUCUUUCUUCUCUAAUUCCGCAGCUUAAACCUUUCAGAGUGAGAAGAGAGAGAGAGAGGGGGAUUGAGCUCGUCAGAAAUGGGGUUCAGGUUUCAUCAAUACCAAGUUGUUGGAAGGGCUCUUCCUACUGAAUCUGUUGAGCAUCCGAAGAUCUAUCGGAUGAAGCUUUGGGCCACUAAUGAUGUUCGCGCGAAGUCUAAAUUCUGGUACUUUUUGAGGAAGUUGAAGAAGGUUAAAAAGAGCGUUGGUCAGGUUCUCGCCAUUAAUGAGAUCUAUGAGAAGAAUCCUACCAUAAUCAAGAACUAUGGUAUCUGGCUGCGUUACCAGAGCAGAACCGGUUACCAUAACAUGUACAAGGAGUUCCGUGAUACAACCCUGAAUGGUGCUGUUGAGCAGAUGUACUGCGAGAUGGCUUCUCGCCACAGGGUCAGGGCCCCAUGCAUCCAGAUUAUCAAGACAGCUACAGUGCCUGAUGAGCUUUGCAAGAGGGAGAACACCAAACAGUUCCACAGUAAAGAUAUCAAGUUCCCAAUGGUGUUCAGGAAGGUUAGACCACCAACCAGGAAGCUCAAGACAACAUACAAGGCAUCAAAGCCUAACUUGUUCAUGUAAGGCAGAUCUUGCACCGUUGUAGUCAGAGGAUUGAAAAUUUUGGCGUACGAACAUAUUUGAAUUAUUAUGCUUCACCAUGGUUUUAUGAUAGUUUGUCACAGACGAGAAAUGAGUUUGUUGAGUUCGUUAUGUUUUCUUUACCAUCUUAAAAGAAUUUUUUUGGGUGAUUAUCAAUUUGUCGUCUGUGAUAUGGUUAUUAAUAGUUAUGCGUUA